CCACCAGCUGCGGCAGCGCCCGCUGCGGACGUCCUCCCCGCGGUCCCGGGAGAGGCAGCCGCUGCCCUUACUCGUGUGUUCUCCGAGCGGAACAAAACAGCCUUCCAACAAACCUAAAAGCUCCACCUCUACUCCCCCGUGAACUCUUCUCCUAAUUGGCAGCUCGGCGCAUGGGAUGAUGCGGGCGGCUGCGGGCCGGCCCUGCAGUGCCAAGCCGCAACAUCCCCGUCCGGUUGGAGAGGCAGAGGGCUGCUCAGGCUGCACCCCACGAUCCUGAUCCGCGGCGCUCCGGUCACCGUGAGAAACCGGCGGGGACGCCGCCCCUCCUGCGGCUGGAGCGCUUCCAGAGCAGAGGCGCAUCGCAGUGCCGCUCGCCCCGGCGUCCUCCCUCCAGCUCCGGCUCCUCCUCCUCCCCCCAAGCCCCGGCGCCCGCAGCGGGCUCCAAGAGGCGAGCGGGCGCGCCUCCCCCUCUUCGUCCUCCCCCUCGUCUCGCUCUCUCGCGGCUAACUUUCCUGAGCCCCGACCCGCGGCGCGGAGCUCCCCCCGGCAGCUGCGGGGGCCCAGAGCCGACCUCGGGCGGAGAGCGUGGGGGUGCCCACUAUCUCAUCCCAAGCCCUCGGAGUGCUCCGGAGAGAACAGGACCAUGUCCCGGGCUGGGGACCGAGGCAAAACCCUGGCGAGAUGGCUGGGCACUGGGCUAUUGGGUCUCUUCUUGCUCCCUAUGUCCCUGCCGUUGGAGGUGUCUGUGGGAAAGGCUACCACCAUUUACGCUAUCAACGGCUCAGCGAUCCUGCUGCCCUGCACCUUCUCCAGCUGUUUUGGCUUCGAGAAUCUCUACUUCAGAUGGUCCUACAAUAACACCGAGACGCACAGGAUUCUCAUAGACGGCAUUGUGAAGAAUGAGAAGUCUGACCCAAAGGUGAAGGUGAAGAGUGAUGACCGCAUUACCCUGGAGGGCUCCACGAAGGAGAAGAUGAACAACAUCUCCAUCCUGCUGAGUGACCUGGAGUUCAGUGAUACGGGCAAAUACACCUGCUUCGUGAGGAACCCCAAAGAGAAGGACCUCAACAGCUCUGCCACCAUCUUCCUCCAAGUGGUUGAUAAACUGGAAGAAGUGGACAACACGGUGACGCUCAUCAUCCUGGCCGUGGUGGGUGGGGUCAUUGGACUUCUGGUCUGCAUCCUGCUGCUGAAGAAGCUCAUCACCUUCAUCCUCAAGAAGACCCGAGAGAAGAAGAAGGAAUGUCUAGUGAGUUCCUCCGGGAACGACAACACAGAGAAUGGUCUACCCGGCUCCAAGGCAGAGGAGAAGCCACCCACAAAAGUGUGAGGUCCUGCGGGGCCAAGCAGCGCAGGGAGCCUCACUUCCUGACGGCGGCGACACUGAUGCUGGGGUCCCGUGUGUGGAACCCACCAACCGAGACGAGACGAGUGUGCUGCUUGGCCCAAACUGUCUCUUUCUGAGCAGGAAGGACCUGAUCCUGCCCCGCCCAGCCUAUGCUACCUUUCCCUCCCCAGCCAGGGCUUCCCAGGGGCAAGGGCUGGCUGGGGAAGGAAGCCUGCAGAGGUUGAAGAAUGGGAAAGGAAGGGCUGGAGCAGCGUGGGAGAGCUGGCCCCUGGCACCCGGGAAAAUGGGGUCUCCUUUAGACUUCCCACCGCUGUGAACCCUCACGUUCCCCUCACAUUUUCUCCUGAUCCUUCACCAGGAUAUUGAGGUGAUCAGAGGGCUGCUCCCAAAGCUGGGGUUCAGAGAUGGGUGGAGGGUGGGCCCUUGAGAUGUUGGGAAUGUGCUAGAACUCUGGGGGUGGGGCCAGUUCUGAGAUGCAAGCUGGGCUUUGAAGGAUAUCAGGCUUCUGGAAGUUCCUUCCCAGGGAACUUUCUCUUUCCCCCACCCUGGAAUACCUGCCCGCACUGUCCCAGCUCCCUGUCCAGCUUCCUGCUCUCAAUUUGUAGACUCCUCAGCUAGGACUGGAUGCCCUGGCCUUCAAGUGUCCCAGUCUAUCUAGCCUGUCUUUGCUCUCUGAGCUGCCGCUGCUGAGGAGGCUUGGC